AUGAGCGCUAGCCGGGAGCAGAUCGCGCCCUUAGCUUUGAGCUCCACGCAGUCGCCCGCCGGCGAGGAGGGAGAGGUAGCGGCGGCCUCGAAGCCCAGCCGCCUCCGCCGCCGCCGCCGCUGUCUCAUCUGCGGGGGCUGCUGCGGGGUGUUCCUCGUCGUAUUAGCCGUCGUCAUCGUCGUCCUGGCUCUCACCGUCUUCAGGGUAAAGGAUCCGGAGAUAACGGUCAACGGCGUGACGGUGCAGCGGGUGGCCGUUGGCGGCUUAUCUUUCGCCGCGCUGCAGCCGUCCUUCUCCCUCAACCUGACGCUGCUGGUCGACCUGUCCGUCAAGAACCCCAACGCCGCCAGCGUCAGGUUCGGCCCCAGCACGACCGCGGUCUACUUCCACGGGCGCGACCUGGGCGUGGCCCGCGGGCCGCCGGGGAACUCGCGGGCGCACCGCACCUUCCGCAUGAACGUGACGGUGGACAUAAUGGCGGAGCGGGUUGUGGGCGACGCGCAGCUGUUGCAGGAGGUGCUGGGCGGGGUGAUCCCCGUGACGACGUCGACGAGGUUGGGUGGGAGGGUGAAGUUGCUGGGGGUGAUCCGGCGGCAUGUGGAGGUGACCAUGAACUGCAGCCUCACCAUCGAGCUGGCCAACCAGUCCCUCCGGCAGCAGGACUGCGAUCGUGAAGUUCGCCUGUAG